AUGGUGAUUAUCGGAAGUUGUCUAUCUCCGGAAAAGAGUGACAAUAAAAUUGCAGCAGCGUGGUUUAAUGCUGUGGAAGAGAUGGUUUUUGAUGACGAAUGGCUCGAAGAAAAUUACACAGCGUCAAGCUGGAUUCAGAACCCGGGAGCCGACAUGAAGCGUCUGCGGUCACUCCAGGCGGCCUAUUUUGUCUGCCUUUUCCAGAACUGGGAGGGUUCCGAAAGCAGCAAGCAACGAAUCAGGCGUCAUCGAUACAAUACGUUGAUUGCAAUUGUCCGAAGCCUCCAGCCUGCUUCUGUAACCCAUAUGAAUACGUUGCGAGCAGUUAACAACCAAUUAUUUGAAUGGGAAUCUUUUAUCAACACAGAAGAGAAAAUCAGGACGUUGAGUUAUGUCUUUCUCCUCGACGGGGGCUUUGUAAUUUUCAACAACAUGCCGCCGAGAAUGGUCGUAUCAGAACUGGAAAUGGGACUCGCUUGCCCUGAUGAAUGCUUCCAAGCACCUAGUGCCUCGGAGUGUCUUGCCAUAUUGGAAACAUGGGCAGGAAAAACGCCACAAUUUUAUCAGUACUCUAUUGUGUCCGUACUUGAAACCAUGUUUCGGAGAGAUCUGAGUGUUGAGAAAAAAGGGAUUUAUGCGCAUUUUGGAAUCCUGAACUUGUUCAUAAUUGUUACUGCCCUACACACCUUAGUAUUUCAACUUCAAAAUGCAAUGGCCCCUCCAGAAGCCUUUCAAAGGAUCGAAAAUGCAUUGCGAAGCUGGAAAGACGUCUGGGUUUACCGAAAAGUAGUUCUUUGCUAUUCAGAUGAUAUUGAGGAUGCCGACUCGUCGUUUCAAAUGUGGAAGAGAGUAGGCUUUAUGAGAGAUGCAUGCGAAUUCUGGCUGCUCUGUUGUGUCAUUCUCGAGAGAAUCAGGCCAAAUGAGCAUGACGACAGCACUUCUUCCGUUCCCGGACGAGCCCUUACGAAGUAUGACCAGACAGAUAUGAAACAGGUUAAUGAUUUGAUGAAGCAAUUUGAAACAGUCUCUCUAACUGACUGA